AUGGAGAGAAAGACGAUGGAGGGAGAGAUGAUUGAAAGAGAGAGACAAAGUGCUGAGCGCAGCAACGUUACCUGCGUAGGAGAGGAGGACAGAGACGUUCUUCAGUGGAGGGCCUGGACUGGAUUGAGUGGAGGUGGAGGUGGAGGUGGAGGCGGUGGACUGACUCAGGCUGAUAUUGGAAGGAGCUUGGUAAUGUUUCAUUCCUCUCAAGCCCAAAACUCACCCCAAGACUACCUCAAUGCCCACAAUGCAGCUCGUUCACAGGUGGGUGCUGGUCCUCUGACAUGGGACAACAAAGUAGCCUCCUAUGCACAAAACUAUGCAAAUCAAAGGAUCAAUGACUGCAACCUCAAGCACUCGCAAGGCCAAUACGGCGAAAACCUGGCCACCGCAACUCCCACCUUAUCCGGAACCAGUGCAGUGAACCUGUGGGUCGGUGAGAGGGUUAAUUAUGACCACAAUUCCAAUUCUUGUACUGGUGGGCAGUGCGGGCACUAUACUCAGGUGGUUUGGCGCAACUCGGUUCGUCUCGGUUGUGCUAGGGUUCAAUGCAAAAAUGGCUGGUGGUUUGUGACUUGCAACUACGAUCCACCGGGCAAUGUCAUCGGGCAGCGUCCUUACUAG